UGGUGCAUGAAGCCAAAGCAAUGGCAACAAAUGGUUUGCAAGUGAUGGAUGAUGAAGAAAGUCUUUGUGGGAAGAGAGUCCAACCAUUUGUAUCGGCCACACCAAGGAAACAUGAUGAUGGAAAGAAGGAAGAUUCUGUAAUUACCUUAGGAGAGAGACUGGGUUUAAAGGAUCUUUAUUCCUUUAACGUUUGGCGGGCAUCCAUAGGAGAGUUACUUGGGACAGCAGUUCUGGUGUUCAUGAUAGACACCAUAGUUAUUUCAUCCUUCGAGACAGAAUCCAAAACACCAACCCUUUUAAUGUCCAUCCUCAUUGCCAUCACCGUUACUAUCCUUCUUCUAGCAGUUUGCCCUAUUUCAGGAGGACACAUGAAUCCAGUCAUAUCAUUCUCAGCCGCACUUGUUGGACUCAUUUCCCUCUCGCGAGCCUUUAUCUACAUACUUGCACAAUGCGUAGGUGCUCUACUUGGAGCACUCGCACUUCAAGCUGUCGUCUCCAAAACUAUCGCACAAACUACUUCACUUGGAGGCUGCACUCUCACCAUCAUCGCACCAGGCCCAAACGGGCCAGUUGUUAUGGGCAUUGAGACAAUCCAAGCCCUUUGGCUCGAGAUAAUCUGCACAUUCAUCUUUCUUUUUGCUUCUAUUUGGUUAGCAUAUGAUGAUCGUCAAGCAAAGUCUUUGGGUAUUGUCAUCGUGUUUUCCAUCAUUGGAGUUGUUCUUGGUCUUCUUGUGUUCAUAUCAACGAGUUUGACAGGAAAGAGGGGUUAUUCUGGUGCAGGGAUGAACCCAGCAAGGUGUUUGGGGCCAGCGAUCGCUAGAGGAGGUCAUUUAUGGGAUGGACAUUGGGUGUUUUGGGUUGGGCCUACCAUCGCUUGCAUAGCGUUUUAUAUUUACACAAAGAUUAUUCCAAGUAAUCAUUUCCAUGCCAAUGGGUUCAAACAUGAUUUCUUUAAUGUUCUAAGAGCAUUGGUUUGACUCAUUUUAUGGUUGAAAAUAAAUUAUAAUAAGUUUUGAAAUUCUCAAGAAUUUCCUAGCUAGUAAUAUUGUAGUGAUCAAGGUUUUUCAUAUAUUGUCUUGUUUGAUGUUAUGUAACGAUAUGAAUUGUAAUUUGUAAAUUUUAAUGAAAAGUUGAAAUUUUAGGAGAAAA